AUUCAAACAACAAUAUUAUGUCAAACAAAACUGUUUUGCUUAUUUACAUUUUACAACUUUUCAUCGAAGUUAAAUUUCUUCGCUUUUUCAGGUUUUAACUUCAUUGUGUCAUGUAAAAUUUAAACGUUUUUUGCUUUGCGAGCGGCAGUUCACUCACAUAAAAUGGAAUAUCAAAUGCCAGAAGAGCCAGAUUGUGUCAGUAGAUUUUUUGACGAAAAAAAAUUCUAUUCAACAAGUCCAGAUAAAAUUUCAAUUUCCUCAUCAAGAACUUUAGAUAGUUCUCAAGAUUUGAGCCAGCUUUCAAUGGGUUCGGAGACAGACGGUCUCAGCUUAUCGCAGCUAACAAUACAUGAACCGGAUCCUUUGAAUAUACAACCAUUCUUUAACAUCACUCCCCGAGCGAUGCCCGAAUCUCCGCAUUAUAUUAUUGAAGAAGAAUUCUCCCAUAAUCCAUGGGCGAUGCUAGUCGCAACUAUUUUCUUGACAAAAACGUCUGGUAAAUGCGCUAGGUCAACGAUUAAAAGCUUCUUUGAAGAAUAUCCCACGCCAUAUCACGUAUUAAGCGAUUGUCCUAGUUCUCUAGAGAGAUACUUCGAAAAGUUAGGAUUAAGAAAACGUGGCCAAAUGAUAUGGAAGUUGAGUUAUCAAUUUGUUUCGUCGAAAUGGCGACGGGCGAGCGACCUAUGUGGUAUAGGGAAGUACGGUGAGGAUGCGUACAGGAUGUUGUGUUUGGGUCACACGGAUAUAGACCCUGAUGAUAGGUACUUAAGGUUGUAUUUUGAUUGGUUACAGCGGCAUACACAGUUUAUGGAAGACAACGGAAUUGUGGACAGUGAAUGUAUAAUAGACGAUCCCGUUUCGAAAUACUAUAGAAUAACCUUGAGGAACUUUGUUUAAUUUUAAUUGCCUAAAGAGUUAGAAAAUCAUGUUUCUGUAUGAUCAAAAUUUAUAUGCCAUAAUGUUAUUUAAUAACCAAUAUCUCUGUGUGUAUUGCAUAUUAAUUGAUGGUUAUUAUUGGUUCAAAACCUGAUUUAUACUACAUCCUAUUAAUAUUAUAAAUGCGAAAGUUUGUAUGGAUGUAUGGAUGUUUGUUACUCUUUCACGUAAAAACUACUG